AUCACAUGAGAAGCAGAUACAUCUUCAUUUCACAUCAAAAUUUCUCCUCUUUCUAUCCAUGGCCACGGACGCACAGCACCAGCGACACAGCCGCAACGGCGGCGUGCACACCGGCCACCACUUCCUCAUCGUGGCCUACGGCAUCCAGAGCCACCUCAACCCGUGCCGCGUCCUCGCGCACCGCCUCGCGCGCCUCCACGGCGUCGACGGCUCCGGGGCCGUCCUCGCCACGGUCUCCCUCCCGGUGUCCGCUCACCGCCGCAUGUUCCCUUCGUCCGGAGACGUCGACAAUGAUGAUAAAGCCACCGACGGCGUCGUCUCUUACGCUCCAUACUCCGACGGCCUCGACGACGGCUCCAUGGCCAGGGACGGCGAGGCGAGGGCGCGCAGCCGCCAGGCCACCUUUGAGAGCCUGUCAGCCGUCGUCGCCACCCUCGCCGCACGUGGCCGGCCGGUGACGUGUGUCGUUUGCAGCAUGGUUCUCCCCGCGGCGCUGGACGUCGCGCGUGAGCACGGCAUCCCGCUGGCCGUGUACUGGAUCCAACCGGCCACCGUGCUCGCCGCGUACUACCACUACUUCCACGGCCACGGCGACCUCCUCGCGUCCCACGCCGCCGACCCCGCGUACGAGGUGUCCCUGCCCGGGCUACACCGCCCUCUCCGGAUCCGCGACUUCCCGUCCUUCCUCGUCGACACGACGGGCAGCGAGCUGGCCAAGGUCUUCAACGAAGCGGCCCGAGAACUGUUCGAGCACUUGGGCGAUCACGGCUGCACCAAGGUUCUCGUGAACACUUUCGACGAGCUGGAGCCGGCAGCGCUGGCAGCCAUGAAGGAGCACCUAGACGUGUUCGCCGUCGGGCCGGUGAUCGGGUCCUCCUCGGCCGAGCCGCGCAUCCACCUGUUCAACCACGCCGGCGCCGACGAGAAGAGGUACAUGGAGUGGCUGGGUGCGCAGGCGGCGAGGUCGGUGCUGUACGUUUCAUUUGGGAGCAUAUGGACGUACAGCAAGAAGCAAAUGGAGGAGAUUGCGAACGGGCUGCGGCGGUGCGGGCGGCCGUACCUGCUCGUCGUGCGCAAUGACGGGCGGCAGGAGGACGUGAGCCGGAGCCUAGACGACCUCGUGCUAGAGGGGCAGGGCAUGGUGGUGGAGUGGUGCGACCAACCCAAGGUCCUGUCGCACGCGUCCGUGGGAUGCUUCGUCACGCACUGCGGCUGGAACUCGACGCUGGAGGCCAUGGCCCUCGGCGUGCCGGUCGUCGCCGCGCCAAGCUUGUUCGACCAGCCGACGAACGCCUUCUUGAUAGAGGAGGAGUGGGCUGCCGGCGUCAGAGGGGAGCGCAACAGCGAGGGCGGCUUCACCGGGGAGGAGCUCGCAAGGUGCGUCGAGCUGCUCAUGGGUCAUGGCCCGAGGGCCAUUGAGAUCAGGGAAAGAGUGGACGCUCUGAAAGGGAUGACGCGAGAGGCGGCGGCUUCGGGCGGGCCGGCGGAGCGGAGCCUCCGAAGCUUUGUCAUGGCGGCCGGUUCAAUCGUCGGAUGAAGUUUGCAGGAAUACACCACCAAAUCUGUCCAAAUCGAUUAAGUGGAUGCAUGCUGGAGUGGAUCAGCUAGCUCUCUCGAUCGGUCGGAGUUAAACAACAUUUAAUAACCGGGAUUGCUAAAUCUCAGUCGACUUCUUGGUCGAUGAUAUAUUCGCAGGAUCUUACGUGAAGAUCGGUGCGAAUUUUUUUAAUUUUUCUUUUACUCAUGUUAUGUCACUUUCUCACGCCGUAUGCAGCAACUUAAUAGUGACACGUUAAUUGCUUA